UGACGAAUUUACCGCCAAAAAAGCGGAACCCUUAAACCGUUCCGCCGCGAACGUUUCCGACGGUACGCUUUAGUGAAGGGACGGUGUGCUCCCCAGCUGAUCCAUCCCGACAAAAGAUCAUGAGCAAAGACUCCCAGAUGAGGGCUGCAAUAAACCAGAAGCUGAUAGAAAUGGGGGAGCGGGAGAGGUUGAAAGAGUUGCUCAGGGCGAAGCUGGUGGAGUGUGGAUGGAAGGAUCAGCUUAAAGCACACUGCAAAGAUGUGAUCAGAGAAAAGGGCCUGGAGCACGUCACAGUGGAGGACCUCGUCACAGAAGUCACACCUAAAGGCAGAGCGCUCGUCCCAGACAGUGUGAAGAAAGAGCUGCUGCAGAGAAUCAGAGCGUUUCUAGCUCAACACGCCGCCUUGUGAAGCAGAGGAGUCACGUCUUAGGCAUUUUUUAACUCACUGUAAAUCCACAACUCAAACCAUCAGACUGAUGUUUGUUCUCAUUGUUCUCAUUGCUGAAGUGUUAUUUUUAUUUUGUAUUGUGUGUUUUUCAUAAUGAUUUUAGUUUGUUAUGCAGCAGUUUUGGAAGAAAAAAAAUAAAGUCAUGCCUAUUUUGGUCACUGGG